GGCUCCUUGAAGAGAAAGUUGGUGGUCAAUCUGUCACCUGUCAACAACAAGAGGCCCAAUGGUGUUUCAGAGAGCUCUUUCCUUGACAUUAAGAGGAUAAGAGUGGGUGAUAAUCUCUCAAUGGGACAAGGUGGACAUCAUGUUAACAAUUGCCAAAGCCAGUCAAUGUCAGGAACUAUGCCUAUGGGGCAAGGAACACAAAGAAAGGCUAGCAACCUAGCAAAUAAUACACAUCCUAGUGGGAAUGGUAUAUUUAAUAUGGCUUUGAAAGAGGUAAAAAAAGAACCAGGAGAAACCAUGUCCUGCAGCAAACAUUUAGAUGGCCAGCUGUCCCAUGAGAACGUGUUCCCUAACAGAUAUGGGGAAGACUCAGGGGAGCAAAUGAUGGAUCCAGAGCUUCAGGAACUAUUUAAUGAACUGACUAACAUAUCAGUGCCACCAAUGAGUGAUCUUGAGCUGGAAAAUAUGAUAAAUGCCACCAUAAAACAAGACGAGCCAUUCAACAUUGACCUUGGGCAGCAGAACCAGAGGGGCCCUGUGAGACCUCUGCAGAUGGAGAAGAUGGUUAUAAAGAGUGAAUAUGCACCAGGCAUGAAUCAGGCACCUGUGGGCUCCCCACAGAUGAGGCCUUCUUCUACAGGUCCAGCCUUCACUAUGGCCACCGCUGCCAUGUCCACCUCCUCACCCAUCCCUUCGGUGCCUCAGAGUCAAACACAAGUAUCACAGGUUUCUUCUGUGUCCAGUCGACCAUUGCCUAACUGGCAAGAGGUGUCUCAUGCACAGCAGCUCAAACAGAUAGCAGCCAACCGGCAGCAGCAUGCCUUGAUUCAGCAGCAACAGCAGCAGCAAAACCAGACAGCCAAUUGGUCCACCUUGUCUCCAUCUGGACCUUCUCCUGGACCCUUUGUGCAGGAGAAAAUCCCCAGUCCUUCCUUUCGUCAGCAGCAGUUCAGCCCACAAAACUCAGCAAUGCUCGGGGUACCAGUGAAUGGAAAUCAGUCAAAAGGGAUGAACAACUAUGUUUAUAAAACAACAGCUCCCCAGAGCAAUCCCAUGGACAUAAUCAUGCAACAGAAGCCUCAGGACCUCAACAGAAACUUUAUCAACAGUGCUCAGCCACCACUAGAGCAGCAUCAUGGCAACACAAAGCCUUUAUUUCAUUUUAACUCAGAGCAAACAAACCAGCAGAUGCCUUCGGUUUUGGGUUCCCAAAGCAAACCUACCCUUCUGCACUACACGCAGCAGACCCAGAGCUCAGCCCCAGUACAACAGCCGCAGCAACAGCCACAACAACAACCACAGCCACAACCUUCUCAGCCUCUCCCGAACCAACCUCUUCAAAGACCACCCAAUGUACCCCUAGCCAUGCAGCAAAAAAUGAUGCUUCAGAAAAUGCAGCAAAGCCAGCAAAUCUCAGGUUUGCAGUAUCCAGUCUCUCAGCAGCAUAGACAGGAUCAACACUCUGUGGUAGGCCAGGGAGCUGGCCCCACUCCAAGUUCCAGUUCUUGCUCAAAUCCAAACACUGGAAGUGGUUACAUGAACUCAUCCCAGCAAUCAAUGUUGAAUCAGCAACUGAUGGAAAAGAAACAGGCUCUGCAGCGGCAAAUGAUGGAGCAAAAACAACUCCUUCUGCAGCAACAGAUGUUAGCAGAAGCAGAGAAAAUUACUCCACAAGAUCAGCUAAACAGACACUUGACACGACCGCCACCAGAUUAUAAAGACCAAAGAAGGAAUGUGGUCAACAUGCAACAAACCAACCAAUAUUCUGGAGGUUCACCUGCUGUGAGCAUGAGCUCCAACAUGUCCUUAUCAAACCCCAUUUCUACUCAUAGCAUCAUGCCCCAGAGCUCCAGCCUCAUGUCCACGGCUGCCGGGACACGAAUGCCUUCCGUCCCCGCAGCGCGGGGCAUGGGCUGCUACGGGAACCCUCCCUGCAACCAAGCAAGCGCGUACAACGUGACUUCAGGAAUGAACCAAAUGCAGACACACAGAAACCAAAACCAAGUCCUGCCCAGUCAGAGUAACACCCUGAUGUCUCGACAGCAAACCAUGACGCAGGGAAACAACAUAGCAGCUUUUGGGACUGGGUCAGUGGUCAACUCACAGCAAGUCAGGCCCAGUUUGAACCAUGGAGCCACAGGGAUCCCCACACAAAGACCGGCCAACGUGAUGAUCACGGCUACUGCCGCUGCUCAGAACUGGGCCUCACAAGAAGCUGCAGUGAAGCAGCAGGACACGCUGAAACCCGCAGGGGUCCGUUUCCCCACAGGGACGCCAUACCCCAACCAGGCCUUGCAGCGUGCCAUGGGCAACCAGCAUUUUCCUCAGCGUGCAUUGGCACCUCCCAAUCAACUAACAACAGGAGUUCAAAUGAGGCCUCCUCUAAACCAAAUGCACCAGACUCUGAAUGGACAAUCUGCUGGCUCACUACGAGGUCUAAGCAUAAGACCUAACCAGCUAAGAGGACAAACUGUGCCUACCUUGAAUCAGCCAGGAACAAGUAUGACACCUCCAUCCUCUCUGCCAUCAACCAAUUUCACAUCUACUAACCAAAACUCUCGGGCUUACCAAGGAACUGACCAUGGUAAUGACCUCGGGUUUGACUUUCUGAACCAGCAAGGUGACAGUAUAGGGCCUGCGCUCAACAGUGACUCAGAUUUUAUAGAUUCUUUACUGAAAACGGAACCUGGUAAUGAUGACUGGAUGAAAGACAUCAACCUUGAUGAAAUUUUGGGGAACCACUCAUAAGUGACAGUACCAAGGGUGAAACAGAUAAAGAGGCAGUAAGGACAUUAUAUUUCUCUUUAGAUGCCAACAGUCUGCUUUAUUAAUUUACACUCCAUUAAUUGGGCUGUCCUUUAAAACACCCCAUAGAGCUAUUUCCCCAAUUGAAGAGUUGCUCUAAGAACAAAAUUGAAGUCUCCCCCAGUGAAAUAAUAGUGUAAAUGACAUUCAUACCUGUCACAAAGGAGUGAGAAUGUGUGAAGGGUCCGUUCCCCACACUG